CAUAUUCCUGAGUUCCAUCUUCCUCUAUUAUGUACUAUACUGUAUACUGUGGGGAACAAAUGGCUAUUGCAUCGAUUCUGUACCUCAUCAAUGACCAGUUCCCAGCUGAAGAAAUGAGGACUAGAAACAAUGUCAAUAAUUGUUUUAAAAAGCCAGCUUUCGCCGAUCUUCUGAGAUUUCCCCAGCUUUACCCAUUUCUGUGCAGAGCUGACUUUAUAAAGGUUGCUGCCAUGUCCGGUACCAAUAAUUUUCCGUUGCCCUAUGGAAUAAAGACCUUUGAGACAUAUUUCAGCUCGGCCCUUUCAAAACUGCAGAGUUGUGAUCUCUUUGACGAGUUUGACAGAGUGCCAUGUAAAAGGUGUGUGGUGGUUGGUAAUGGAGGAGUGUUGAAGAAUAAGACAUUAGGAGCAACAAUCGACUCCUAUGAUGUAAUAAUAAGAAUGAACAAGGGUCCUGUCUUAGGCCAUGAAGAGGAAGUUGGGAAAAGAACAACCUUCAGGCUUUUUUAUCCAGAGUCUCUCUUUUCGGACUCCAGUCACUAUGAUCCCAAUACGACAGCGGUUCUCGUCGUCUUUAAGCCACAGGAUUUAAGGUGGCUGGUGGAAAUACUGCUAGGUAAAAAAAUAAAUACUCAAGGGUUUUGGAAGACACCAGCCUUAAAACUGAUCUAUAAACAGUACCAAAUCAGAAUAUUAGAUCCAUAUAUCAUCAGAGAAGCAGCUUUUCAAAUGCUUCGUUUUCCCAGAGUAUUUCCCAAGGAUCAGAAACCCAAACAUCCUACAACAGGAAUUAUUGCCAUCACAAUGGCAUUUCACAUAUGCAGUGAAGUGCAUCUCGCUGGUUUUAAGUACAACCUUUACAGCCCCAACAGUCCUUUACACUACUACGGGAAUGCCACCAUGUCUUUGAUGAAGCAGAAUGCAUAUCACAAUCUGACUGCAGAGCAGCUCUUUCUAAACGACAUUAUAAAGAAAAAAAUGGUGAUCAACUUGACUCAAAAUUGACCCUAUGGAUCCAAAAGAUGAUGAUGCUAAACAGUAUUAGUUUUAUUUUUGUACCGCAAAUUUUAGUUUAUAUUUAAAUAUAUUGGAUGAACUUAUCAAAUUAUGUGUAUUAAGUCUUGUUGCUGCCUGGUGACUUGUAACCACCGGCUAAAUUGCUGUGAAUAUAUUUAUGAAAAGCAAGAUUUUUAGUUAAGAUAUCAGGGAAAAAUGUAAAGUUUUGAUUAUGUUGUUUUUAAAUGUGAUCUUUUUAGCGUUCUGAGGUGUUUUAAAAUACCUUUUCAUAGUUCCUUCAUCUUAAAGAGUUCUAGGAGAUUUAGUUGACUUCGCUUGUGCUGAUAGUCACAUAUCACUUUGAGCUGCUUAAGAUUGGUUACCUCUUGGGCAUGUGACUGGGAGCCAGGUGCAGAACACGAGAAUUGCCUGGAAGUCCGUGGUGUCCAUUGUGGUUUAAUUAAGUUCUCUUUACAAUUAAUUAAACCAGUAAUAAUGUAAUGAUUUGCUGUUAGGGAGAAAAGAUAGCCUUCUCCAUGCUUGAAAAGCAUGCUCUUCUAACGAGCAUCCUGAGACUUUGAUUUGGAAGGGGUGGGGGGGUGGGGUCAGCUUCUUACUAUGUAGCCUAGCCUAGGCUAGGCUGGAACUUGGUUCUCUUGCCUCAGCUUCCCAAGUACUGGGAUUGCAGCUAUGUGCCAAUUGCUGCACCCUCCAGCAUCAUUUUUCAAAACUAAAAAGUUUUUUUUUUUGUUGUUGUUGUUUGUUUUAGACAGGGUCUAUGUAGUGCUGGAUGGCCUAGAACUACAAUGUAGUCCAGACUGGACUUGAGCUCAGAGGUUAGCCUACCUGUGGGAAGAAGGGUGUGUGUCAGUGUAACAGUUCAAAGAAAACCUUAAAUGUUUCUAUGAAGAAAAUCUUAAGAG